AUGUCUGGCUUAAGGAAGGCGAAAAAGUAUGACUGGAAAGACAGCAAUUUGGCUUUGUUUGGCUCGGAUGUCGAGAAAAAUGUAAGAACUUCAGAUCUGUUCAAGCCCGCGUUGUUUUGUCACAGAGCGAUACAUGUUUGGGCUUUAAACUAAAUUAUUUUAGCGAUGCACAGAGAUCCGAGGCAACUCGAACGGCAGCUAAGCACAUCGUACAUGUACAUGUGAUGUUAUGUUAAUAUAAACAAGUUAACUGUUUACUGUCUUCGUAACAGGUGAAAAGAGAAGCUGCUGGAAAAGAAAAAGCUUGGGAAGGAGCUGGUGAAAGUCCUGGUUUGAAAAUUUGGCGGAUCGUUAAAUUCAAGGUAGAGCAACCUCAAAAGCCAAAUCUGUUUGAUAUUUAUGGACUUAAAUAGACUGUUGAUACUAGCACUGAUUGGUUUCUUGCUUUUUAUCUUUCAAGUGAGAUUUUUAAAACCUAACUUAGCUCACAAAGUAUUUUUCCUUAAAAAAAUGCAAACUUUAUGAUGCAUGCAAUAUAGGAAAAUGUUCUGCUGGAACUUUCCAUUUGACGGGCGUGAUAUGGGUGUGUUCCAUAUCCAUAGUUUCAGCAAUGCAGAUGAGUGCAGUGGUGAAUGACAAUGGUCAUUUUUAGAAUCAUGAUUUUCGUUUUCGGUAUACUAUUCUCUCUUCUGGACAAUUCUGUGCAUCAGCUGGUCACAAUACAGAUUAAAUUGUGGUCCCAGCAUUCGACGACCUAAGACAUCAAUAAUAUGCAUUUUCUUCGUUUCAUUAAAAUAUUAUGUGCAGUAGCAAACUGUAUUAAAAUACCCGGAAACUGGCAAUAAAUAUACAAAUAUUGGAUGCCUUUUUUAAUGUAAAUAUAUCUAGUGUUGUGUGGAGAUAUCAAAAGAAACUUCGACUGGCCAGAUAAGACCAACUUAUGUCAUAAUUUAAAUUUUUGCUAAACAGCAUAACAGUGUCAUUGAGCUUAUUUAAUAGGUAAAUAAGUGAUUGGAGGCGUGGUUCUGCUUCUAGAACUUUUGGACAUAUUUUAAGGGUGCAAUAUCUGUUUUAUUGCUAUCGAUGCAAAUAAUAUUAAUUUAUUGUCUAAAUGACUUGGAGCUAGUCUAGGUUUCCAAAUCACUAAAAAUGACUGACAGUCCUAUCUACCAAGAUUUGCAUCCAUGGGUUGAUAAUGUGAACUACUGGUUUAGGAAUUUAGGGCAAGGAGACAAGGAAUGCAUUGUUGUACGAAGUACUCGGCAAAUACAAAAUAAGAUUGACCUAAGGGAUCGAGGUUUUGUGUGCCCGUGAGACUGGGCAACUCCCCACAAACCUUAUAAUGUUUUCACUAAAACCGCUGGACACAAAACCUCCCCUGCGUUGGUUUUGUAAUAAAUUGUCACAACCAAAACUAAAAUACUCAUGCUCCCAUCGUGGAGAUAAUUUCACUAGGACCCCCCUCCCCCCCACCACCACCACCACUUCCUGGGAUUUUCAAUUUUCAUAAGGAACUGAAGAUUCCCCCACCACCACCUCUCUGGACAAAAGCCCCCUAACCCCCUCAUUACACCACAAGAUGGAUUAUCACAGUAAGGAGUGGGGCUAUUUGCAUUUACACUGGUCCCUAUUUAUAAAGUGAUCUCGCAACAUAUUAGAACAUGCUUAACUACCUACAAGGUAAACUUAUAGCUAAAAAAUAUUGCAUAUCUUUUUUAAAUGGAAAAGAGAAAGUUUUAUCUGUUAAUUUACCUCGAUCAGGCAAGCUUAAAACUAAAUUAGAUUUAGUUCUUUGUUUAAAUUCUAACAAUGGGUUGCCACCUUGAAGUUUGAGUCAAGAGAUUUUCUUUUUUCGACAAGCUAGCACUUUUUUUAGCUCUGUACUCUGUCUACUUUUUAAGGUGACAGAUUGGCCCAAAGAAGAUUAUGGCAAAUUCUACAGUGGUGAUUCAUACAUCAUCCUCAACACCUACAAGGACAAGGAAAGUGAUGAGGUAGAGAAAUGUUACAAUUUUAAAAUAGUUAUAAUUAAAGUUCUUAAAAACGCAUUUUACAUAUAAAUGUCUCGAUGCUUUUUACAACUAAAAGAAAGAGCUCUCACGAAACAGAUAGGUUUUCAAAGCCCUUUUAAAACUAACAACAAAGUUACUUUGUUUAAUGGCAAGCGCCAGCUGAUUUCAUAACUUCCGAGCAGUUUCUGCAAAAGGUCUAUCACUGUAAGUAACUGUACAUAGUAGUCUUGGGGAUAACUAGGAGAUUUGAAACACUAGAACAAAUUGUAUGACGAGGAGUGUAAUGAUGUAACAGCUCUUUAAUAUACACUGGGGCAAGACCAUUAAGAGAUUUGUACCUAAUCAACAGUAACUUAAAAAUUAUUCUGUCCUUAACAGGAAGUCAAGGGGGAAGCUAAAGAUAAGCAGGGAGGAAAAGUUAGAAAGUUAAUAGUUUGAACUUGAAUCAGCUUUUCUGUUUUGUUUAAACGUGGGCACUGUGCUCAGAGUAAACGGGUGCUGGUACCCAGGUUCCAGCUUCUAGACCCCUGAAUAUGCAAGGUUCUAACGUACGCACACUGUAACCAAUAAUUAUUUGGUUAAACUUGGAAAAUAGCUCAAAACUAAAAGACGCUAUAGUUCCAUUUGUACCUCUACAUAAAACACAAAGCACAGUCAAAGUAAGAUGAAAAUAAGAAAAUCAGCUUGCCCAAAAUUAAAGGCAAGUUCUUGAUACAGUUUUGUGGCCAACUCUGAGCCUGCCCUUACAUGUGCCUUUUUUCUUCUCUAUAAAUGAUAUUUUGCAGCUUUUGUAUGAUGUCCAUUUUUGGAUUGGAAAAGAGUCAACACAAGACGAGUAUGGAACAGCAGCAUACAAAACUGUUGAACUGGACACUUUUGUGAGUUUUGUCAAUUAUUUUUUGUUUUGUUCAUCCCUUGAAAAGGAUCUGCACCAUACAGAUUUUUUAAACUUUGCAUAAUAACUGACAGCCAUAUAUUGCAAACUGAAAAACUGCAAUAAAAGGAUGGAGUCAUCGUGCUUGUUUUUGCCCUGUGUGUCUGUGAUUCUUCGUGUUUUUCCCUAGUUUAUUCAAAAGGCUAGAGUUGCUCUCGGCAGUGCCUCGAGAAACUCUUAUGCCUGUUUUGUGCUCUCCAAAAAUCCCUGGGGUUUCCAGCUAAAUUAAAAAAAUCCUGGACCAAACAAUAAUCCCAUCCCCAAACUCUAUCAGUGGAAAGCAUUAUUAAUACUUAAUUAUUAACCACAAAACAGGUCUGGCUGUACUUUAUCAGGCAGAAAUAUUCAGCCAGUAUACUCGCAUAGUACUGCAUCAAUUAUCAGAUUGUGUUGAAUACCCCCCAAAAUCCCUGCUUAAAUCAAGGCACCCGUGAAAAGACUUGCUAAAUUUUUUGCCCCAAAAAAUCCCAGAAGUAGAAUGAAAAAUUUAAAACUCCUCUGGCACAUAUGUUUGCCUCACCAGACAGGAAUGGUCCCUUACCUGCUGAGCUAAAAUUUAAGGAGAGCACUGUAAACUCUAGAGUACCCCGCCCUUCCCAAGGCUAAAGGCUAGGGCUGCUGUUUAGUUCCUCACCUACCAAUUGCAUGUACACAGCAACUGGAAAUGUUAGUGACAGUCCUGAUUUUGAUUUCAGGUUUAAAAUAAUUAAAUAAUAACUCAGUCAUGCAUGUCUCUUUCCUGUGUAGUUGAAUGAUAAGCCUAUUCAGCAUCGUGAAGUCAUGAAAUAUGAAAGCGACCUGUUUAAAUCUUACUUCAAAGUUUUGGAAACUAUGGAUGGAGGGUACGUUAAUAAUUAUCAAGUUUUGAAUAAUUUUUAGUGAUAUUUUCCCGGGCUUUGUUGUCUUGGUUUCUUUUAAGUUACCAUAUAACCCUGUAUUGUUGAUGAAUUGCAGGUGAUGGUAUUACAAACAAGAUAUAUUUUGACAACAGCUUUUUUCUUUCUUGUGUUAAUCAAAGCAUGUUUGAAUUUGACACAUCAUCCAUAAAGCCAUAAAGAUUAAGGUCAAAAAAGAGAAGAACAUUUUUUAGCUCAAAACUCAAAAACUAUAAUUGCACCUGCAUGUACAGUAGUAGCUUCUUCAUGCCCUCAAUUUGAAGAACCCUAGACACCAUGUUGACAGUUAGGCAAUGUAAAGUUGACCAGUUAGAAAAUUCCAAUGAAAAUCUUGUUCAAGGUCCCACCCGUGCUUCCUUCAAGAUACCUUUACAAUCCCCUGGAACUUCAGGGAAACGUCUCAUGCUGAAAUGCAGAUGAGUAAUUUUCCAGCAAUAUUAAAAGGAAAAAACGGGAGAAGAAAGGCAAAAGAAGAGGGGAGGAGAGAAAGCAAAUCGUUUUGGGAUUUUUUUUGGCCAGAUGUACUGACAAGAAAAAGCGAGUACAUGUAGUCUCAGAAUGGAGUUCCUUUUGUCUUUUUUUUUUUAGGGCUGACACUGGCUUUAGAAGAGUUGGGCCGAAGGAGUACAAGCCACGUUUAUUGCAGUUUAAUGAUGAGGUACAUGUGAAUGUCUUGAAUUUUUGUGUUUGAUGAAUUCUGAUCAACAUUGAGCAGUUUCAUUAUUACAAUAAGAACUAAUUUUUUGGAGCAAGGUCAGUUGCAUUUUUAUUAUCUAAGCCUUUUACAUUAGCUCAGUGCUGUACAUUAAUUUUGGCUUACAAAGUCUUAAAAACCUGUUAAAUUUCAGCCACCCUCUUAAAAAAGUCUUUUAAUCAUCAAUGUUGUUGUUGGGUAAAUGCAUAGCUCUGAGAGUUAUGCAGUGAGAUGAAGGCUUAGUGCUUUAAAAUUACUCUAGGGACCUUUGAAAGUCCCUGGAAAGUAUUUUGAGUAUUGUUUAUGGUUAUCUGCGCACACCAUGUGAUGUCUGUGCUAGGAGAUUAGGGCGGUUGGAGUAUUAGCAUUCAGAGCUGUCAUUAAGAGGCGGAGCUAGGGAUUUCCCCCGCCUACUAUGGGCGUGGUCCCCGGCUUCUUUCAUAGGUAAAUGGAAGAAAUGUAGAACCAAAAGAAAUCCCUAGCUGUUUUAUUCCCCACCUACUUGUUGUAUUUACCCGGCAACUAGAAAUCUUAGUGAUCAUGACAUCCCUGAGCAUUGAGGGUACAGAAACGUAACACAAACUGCAUCACGGUUGCUACGUUAUUAGAGAAGAAGGAAAAUUCAAACACCAGAAAGCUCAGAAAAAUGUUACGAGCUUCAGGUGAGAAUCAAACUCAUGACCCUCCGAGUUCUAGUUCGGACACUCCAGCCACUGAGCUACUGGAACUCUUAUGCUGGGUAGGGUGAGUCAAGUUUCAGGCCACUUUUCCUAGUAUAGACCCUUAAGACCCUAAAUGGAAACUGAUGCACUCCUGCAGUUAACCCUUAACCCGAAUCACUAAACUUCAGUGGUAUAGUCCAUUUUAGAGUAGUCCAUCUGGGUAGUCCAUGGGGAUAGUCAAUGAUCUGGAGGCCAGUGUUUUGUCCACUACCCAGUGGAGUGACCUGGAAAUUCAAAUAUUUGGACUUUUUUGAGGUCCAUAAAAUGCUGUUAAAACACCUACAUCAGUCUGUAACCUUUGUUAAUGGUUUCUUGCAGGGAGCUGGCCGGAGGAGCAAUGUGGUGGUCACAGAGGUACCUUACUGCAAAGAAAGCAUCACCCCUGAUAAUGUCUAUGUCCUUGAUACUGGAUUAAAAGUUUGGCAGGUAAGCCCCAAUUCUACCUGGUUCAGUCAUUAUUAA